AUAGCUCAUGGCAGACAUAUUUAGACAAACACAAUAGCAACAACAAUUAAAACAGGAAUGGAGGAACUUCCACCAGGUGUUCGCUUCUAUCCAACAGAAGAAGAGCUAGUUUCCUUCUAUCUGCAUAACAAGCUGGAAGGGAAGAGACAGGAACUAGACCGCGUUAUCCCAGCAAUCAACUUUUACAACACAGAGCCAUGGAAUCUCCCAAAGCUUGCAGGAGAACGGUGUCAAGCAGACACUGAGCAGUGGUUCUUCUUCACACCAAGACAAGAAAGAGAAUUGAGAGGGGGCAGACCCAGCCGCACUACGGUAACUGGAUACUGGAAGGCUACUGGCUCCCCUGGUUAUGUUUACUCAUCUGAUAACCGGGUGAUUGGAGUGAAGAAAACCAUGGUUUUCUAUAAGGGGAAAGCUCCAACAGGUAAAAAAACCAAAUGGAAGAUGCAUGAGUAUAGAGCCAUAGACGGAGUAGCUGACUCAUCCCAUACUGCUGUUCCUAUGUUGAGACAUGAAUUCAGCUUGUGCCGAGUCUAUGUAAUAUCAGGAAGUUUUCGAGCAUUUGACAGGCGUCCGCUAGAAGCUGCAGCAAGAGACACUCAGCUUCUUCGUCUUACAGCCGCAACACCUGCUCAAGACACUAGAACUGUGGACAACACAAGCUCAUCUGAGACUUCAUACUCGGGAGGAGAUCAUGCUGAUGCCUCAGGGGCAGAAGGAAGUGCCAACUGGGAGAUGGUUGAUGGUUUAGUACCACCAGUAUGGGAAUGGGAGCAACUGAAUUGGCCUUGAUGAAGCACGCAUGAAGAUAUGCAGCCCCGCUGCACGGUCCAAGGGAGUUUUUAUAUGCUAGAACCGGCAAGGAUUAGCAUAGCUUAACUUCACAAGUAGUCAAUUCUUUGUUGUUCAUUGUAAAGUGAGGAAAAGUAAAAAUCUUUUUAAAAAAAAAAAUAUAUAUAUAUAAAUUAUUUCAUCCCAAGUAAAACCGUAACUUUUUGGUGAGAUAUUCAAAGCAACUGGAGAAGCCAUGGGUGUACCACAGGCACAGGGUAAGUCAUUAAUGGCAACUGACUCUCACCAUUUCAAGCUAGAGUGCUGACAUCAUUCAUGAUGGUUAACAUGAAGAUGCUGCCAUCUUAUCUCAGUCCAAUUUCAACCUGUAUUGUGAAAUAAGGAAAAAAAAUUUAAAGGAGAAAUAAAAAAGAAACAUUAUAUCAA